CGCCACCCUGCGCGCGCCGCCCCCUUCGCCCCGGGGGCGCAGCUGAUCCCGGAAUCCGAGGCGUGGAGCCGGCGGGGCGCGGGGUCCCUCUCCACGCCGGCUUCGGGGACACGCGUCACCCCCGCAUCUCUGCCUGGGACGACCCAGCUGCCCGGCUACGUCCAUGCCAAGGGCUCCCUGCUCCAUGCUGACAUGGCUGACAGCGCCUUGCCACCUUCAUCUGCAGCAGCCCCGGCCCCUGAGCCAGGAAUCACUGAGCAGCCAGGGCCCCGGAGUCCCCCUCCGUCCCCUCCUGGCCUGGAGGAGCCACUGGAUGGAACCAACCCUGACGUCCCACACCCAGACCUGGCACCUGUUGCCUUCUUCUGCCUGCGCCAGACCACGAGCCCCCGGAACUGGUGCAUCAAGAUGGUAUGUAACCCAUGGUUCGAGUGUGUGAGCAUGCUGGUCAUCCUGCUGAACUGUGUGACCCUGGGCAUGUACCAGCCAUGCGACGACAUGGAGUGCUUGUCAGACCGCUGCAAGAUCCUGCAGGUCUUUGAUGACUUCAUCUUCAUCUUCUUCGCUAUGGAGAUGGUGCUUAAGAUGGUGGCCCUGGGCAUUUUUGGCAAGAAGUGCUACCUCGGGGACACGUGGAACCGCCUGGAUUUCUUCAUCGUCAUGGCAGGGAUGGUCGAAUACUCUCUGGACCUUCAGAACAUCAACCUGUCAGCUAUCCGCACUGUGCGUGUCCUGAGGCCCCUCAAAGCCAUCAACCGUGUACCCAGCAUGCGGAUCCUGGUGAACCUCCUGCUCGACACGCUGCCCAUGCUGGGCAAUGUGCUCCUGCUCUGUUUCUUCGUCUUCUUCAUCUUCGGCAUCAUUGGCGUGCAGCUGUGGGCGGGCUUGCUGCGGAACCGCUGCUUCCUGGAGGAGAACUUCACCAUACAAGGGGAUGUGGCCCUACCCCCUUAUUACCAGCCCGAGGAGGAUGACGAGAUGCCCUUUAUCUGCUCCCUGUCGGGGGACAACGGCAUCAUGGGCUGUCACGAGAUUCCCCCACUGAAGGAGCAGGGCCGAGAAUGCUGCCUGUCCAAAGAUGAUGUGUAUGACUUUGGGGCGGGGCGCCAAGACCUGAACGCCAGCGGCCUCUGUGUCAACUGGAACCGCUACUACAAUGUCUGCCGCACGGGCAAUGCCAACCCGCACAAGGGCGCCAUCAACUUUGACAACAUCGGCUAUGCCUGGAUUGUGAUCUUCCAGGUGAUCACGCUGGAAGGCUGGGUGGAGAUCAUGUACUACGUGAUGGAUGCACACUCUUUCUACAACUUCAUCUACUUCAUCCUGCUCAUCAUAGUGGGCUCCUUCUUCAUGAUCAACCUGUGCCUCGUUGUCAUAGCGACCCAGUUCUCGGAGACCAAGCAACGGGAGCACCGGCUGAUGCUGGAGCAGCGCCAGCGCUACCUGUCCUCCAGCACGGUGGCCAGUUACGCCGAGCCUGGCGAUUGCUAUGAGGAGAUCUUCCAAUAUGUCUGUCACAUCCUUCGCAAGGCCAAGCGCCGUGCCUUGGGCCUCUACCAGGCUGUGCAGAACCGGCGUCAGGCCACGGGCCCGGGGACACAGGCCCCUGCUAAGCCUGGGCCCCAUGCCAAGGAGCCCAGCCACCGCAAGCUGUGCCCACGACACAGUCCCCUGGACCCCACGCCCCACACUCUGGUGCAGCCCAUCUCUGCUCUUCUGACCUCUGACCCUAGCAGUUGCCCACGCUGCCAGCAUGAGGCAGGCAGGCGGCCCUCAGGCCCGGGCAGCACAGACUCAGGCCAGGAAGGCUCGGGCUCUGGUGGCUCCGCAGAGGCUGAAGCCGAUGGGGAUGGACCCCAGAGCAGUGAGGAUGGGGCCUCCUCAGGCUUGGGGAAGGAGGAGAAGCAGGAGGAUGGAGCAGCCCGACUGUGUGGUGAUGUGUGGAGAGAGACACGAGCCAAGCUGCGGGGCAUCGUGGACAGCAAGUACUUCAACAGAGGCAUCAUGAUGGCCAUCCUGGUCAACACUGUCAGCAUGGGCAUCGAGCACCAUGAACAGGCUCUGAUGUCCCUCUUUGUCUUGGCCUCCAAGGACGGCUGGGUGAACAUCAUGUAUAAUGGAUUGGAUGCUGUUGCCGUGGACCAGCAGCCUGUGACCAACCACAACCCCUGGAUGCUGCUGUACUUCAUCUCCUUCCUGCUCAUCGUCAGCUUCUUUGUGCUCAACAUGUUCGUGGGCGUGGUGGUGGAGAACUUCCACAAGUGCCGGCAGCACCAGGAGGCGGAAGAGGCCCGGAGGCGCGAGGAGAAGCGGCUAAGGCGCCUGGAGAAGAAGCGCCGUAAGGCCCAGAGGCUGCCCUACUAUGCCACCUACUGUCCCACAAGGCUGCUCAUCCACUCCAUGUGUACCAGCCACUACCUGGACAUCUUCAUCACCUUCAUCAUCUGCCUCAACGUGGUCACCAUGUCCCUGGAGCACUACAACCAGCCUACAUCCCUGGAGACAGCCCUCAAGUACUGCAACUACAUGUUUACCACUGUCUUUGUGCUGGAGGCUGUGCUGAAGCUGGUGGCAUUUGGUCUAAGGCGUUUCUUCAAGGACCGAUGGAACCAGCUGGACCUGGCCAUUGUGCUACUGUCCGUCAUGGGCAUUACACUGGAGGAGAUUGAGAUCAAUGCAGCUCUGCCCAUCAACCCCACCAUCAUCCGUAUCAUGCGUGUUCUGCGCAUCGCCCGAGUGUUGAAGCUGUUGAAGAUGGCCACAGGAAUGCGGGCCCUACUGGACACGGUGGUACAGGCUCUGCCCCAGGUGGGCAACCUGGGCCUCCUCUUCAUGCUUCUCUUCUUCAUUUAUGCUGCCUUGGGAGUGGAGCUCUUUGGGAAGCUGGUCUGCAACGAUGAGAACCCUUGUGAGGGCAUGAGCCGGCACGCUACCUUCGAGAACUUUGGCAUGGCCUUCCUCACGCUCUUCCAGGUCUCCACAGGCGAUAACUGGAAUGGAAUCAUGAAGGACACUCUGCGAGACUGCACCCAUGACGAGCGCAGCUGCCUCAGCAGCCUCCAGUUCGUGUCGCCGCUGUACUUCGUGAGUUUUGUGCUCACGGCUCAGUUCGUGCUCAUCAACGUGGUGGUAGCUGUGCUCAUGAAACAUCUGGAUGAUAGCAACAAGGAGGCCCAGGAGGACGCCGAGAUGGAUGCUGAAAUCGAGCUGGAGAUGGCCCAUGGCCUGGGCCCUGGCCCCAGCCCCGGCCCGUGUCCCUGUCCUGGCCCGAGGCUGCCCACUAACUCACCAGGAGCCCCCGGUUGUGGAUCAGGAGGGCCGGGCGUUGGGGGUGACACCGAGGGUCACCUGUGCCGGCAUUGCUAUUCUCCAGCACAGGAGACCCUGUGGCUGGACAGCGUCUCUUUAAUCAUCAAGGACUCCUUGGAGGGGGAGCUGACCAUCAUUGACAACCUGUCUGGCUCCAUCUUCCACCACUACUCCUCACCUGCUGGCUGUGACAAGUGUCACCAUGACAAGCAAGAGGUGCAGCUGGCUGAGACAGAGGCCUUCUCCCUGAACUCAGACAGGUCCUCGUCCAUCCUGCUGGGGGAUGACCUGAGUCUUGAGGACCCCACAGCCUGCCCACAGGGCCCUAAGGAGAGCAAGGGUGAGCUAGAGCCUCCGGAGGAGCCCUUGCAGGCAGGAGAUCUGGAUGAAUGCUUUUUCCCCUUUGCCAGUGCACCAAUGUCUGCAGGCCCAGAGAGCCUGCAGUGCGAGAUGGAGGCCAUCCCGUUCAAUCCCGUCCAGUCCUGGCUCAAACACGAGAGCAGCCAAGCACCGAGUCCCUUCUCCCCAGAUGCCUCCAGCCCUCUCCUGCAGAUGCCUGCUGAGUUCUUCCACCCUGCUGUGUCUGCCAGCCAGAAGGGACAGGAACCGGGCAUGAGUGCAGGGACCCUGCCCAAGAUCGCCCUUCAGGGCUCCUGGGCAUCCCUGAGGUCUCCGAGUGUCAAUUGCACCCUCUUGCGUCAGGCUACUGUGAGUGACACAUCACUGGAUGCCAGCCCUAGCAGCUCAGCGGGCAGCCUGCAGACCACAUUGGAGGACAGUCUGACACUGAGCGACAGUCCCCGGCAUGCCCUGGGACCACCGGUCCUGGUGCCAGGGCCAUGUGCUGGCCUGUCACCGGCCACCCGGCGCCGCCUCAGCCUAAGGGGCCGUGGCUUGUUUAGUCUGCGUGGGUUGAGAGCCCAUCAGCGCAGCCACAGCAGCGGGGGCUCCACCAGUCCUGGGUGCACCCACCACGACUCCAUGGACCCCUCUGAUGAGGAGGGCCGCGGGGGUGCAAGUGGUGGGGGUGCAGGCAGUGAGCACUCCGAGACCCUCAGCAGCCUGUCGCUCACGUCUCUCUUCUGUCCACCACCAACGCUGCCACCCCCGGGCCUCACCCCCGCCAGGAAGUUCAGCAGUACCAGCAGCCUAGCUGCUGGACCUGGCCAUCCUGGCACCACAGUCUCAGCCCGCGGCCUGGCCAGGAGCCCAUCAUGGGCUGCAGACCGCAGCAAGGACCCACCAGGUCAGGCCCAGCUGGCCUCAGGCUUGGGUUCCUCAGCACCUGAGCCACAGCCACCUCCUGGGGAGCUGGAGUCAACCGAUGCUGCAAGCAAGAGGAAAAGAUGAGGGGCCGCAGGGGCUGCGGGGGACCUGCCAGCUGCUGUCCACCCGCCUGCCCCAUCUUGCCUUCUUUUACCUCAGGAGCCAGGGAGCAGACAGCAAUACUUUGUCCACACCUGGGAGUGCAAUAGGGGCCAGCCAGCGCCGGGCCACUGGGCAGGCGACUGAGGAGGGUCUGGGUUAGCUGAGGCUCAGAUGUGCGGCCCCAUCCGUGGCCCUUCCAGUGUAUAUGCAGAUAUAUACAUAUAUAUAUAGAGACAGACAUAUAUUUAUUUAUUUUUUUUACGGAGAGCUUAUGAAUUCCAGAAAGUGCUAAAGUUGAGGGUGCAGGCCAGGGCCCAGACGAUAGUCUCGUCUGUUGAUUAGGACACAGGCCUGCACAGCACAGACGCUCCUGCUGUGGCUUCGGUGGCUGUAGUUUUGGGUAUCUCCCUUGAGAGCAGCUUGGGAGGACGUUCAGGGCCCAGGAGACAGAAGAGAAGCAAUUCAGGGUGCACUUUUUUCCCUUUUAAAGAGGAGACGCUGCUAAGACCCCCCGCCUCUACCCACAUGUCGGGGUGUCAGUCUUGUCCCUCUGACUGUCGUAUUGUUGUGAAGUCUUUUGUAGACACUCCUGACACACAGACUUUCUUAGUUAGCAGGUUAGAUGUUCUCUUUAGAAAAACCGGGGGGGGGGAUUUUAGUCUUAUUUCUUAGAGCAGGGUUGGGGAACCGGGCAUUUCUGAAGCUGGGCAGGGGGCUCAGGAUUUGGGUCAAGUUUUGACUUCUGUGAGUACUUGGGGGGGGGCGGAUCAGCCCCUCAGGAAGGCAGCAAACAGGAAUAAUUCAUGCAAGAGAGAGGACAGGUGAAGGGGUCCCCGGACCGGCUUGGUCCACGCAGAUUCCCUGAGCUUGGGAUGUCAGUUACACGAGAACUUUCUAUUUUUUGUCCUCCAUGAAGGCCUCAAAUUGCAGCAAUUCCUGGGGAUUAUGGUCACCCACCCUAAUCAACCCCACCCCUGCCCCAGGAGUGUUUAGGGUAGCAACAAAUCUAAAGGGGUCUCUGAGCAGCUGCCUAAAGCCUGGCUCCAGCCUUUCCCCACUCCAGCACCCUUAGCUCCACCGAGUUACCCGGACAGUCACAUCCUCCAACUCCUGCUUACCCUUGGGUAUGUCUCACUGUUUCAAGCUGCACGUCGGGUCUCCCGUGGUAGUGCUUUCCGGAGGAGUUCAGGAUAGGUAGGGUUUUUUUUUUUUAUUGGAAUGGUUACCCAUUUAUUUUAAAAAACUUACUCUGUAUUGAGCCCUUGACUUUCACAGGCUCAGCUCUUAAGUGGGUGGGUUUACAAUCAGCCUGAAGAAGGGCAGGGCCCGCUGCUGUGGGUGGCCUACUGACAAGGGCGGUGAUGUGGGGUGCUCAGCCACAUCGCUGAGGGUUGCCGUGGGUCCUGCUAAGAGCAUGUGCAUCUCUUGUCCCUGCUCCCAGAUUCUGACUUCACGGAAGUGGGCUUCUAUCCAGGCUAGUGAGCAGCAGCUGUGUUUGUAGGCUCUGGGGUGUCCCCAUCUGGCACAGGGACCCUGGGAUCAGGGUGCUGUGAGGAAGCGAAGAGGAGAGGAUUGUUGAGGGGUACUGCCUGCCAAGUGCUUAGAGGCGAGGAGGAGGAAAGUGGUUGUUAAACUCACUUUACACAUGGGUAAACUGAGGCUCUGGGUGAGUGCAGCAAAGAUCCUGGGUCACCUGUGAAGGGCACUAGCCCGAACACUUGGACUGUGCACACACAGCCGUGGUUGAAGGGAAGGUGACUCCAGGAGCCCAGUGUGGAGUUGACUGGGGUAGAGAGAGCUGGGUCAGGCCCAUGGUCUUCAGGCUUUACAACGGUGGUGUUUGAUAGCAUCUUCCACCUUCUGCUUUCUGGGUACAAUGCCAAUCAUCUAGCUCCAUCUUCAGGCUGCCUCUGUGUGUGUGUGUGUGCUUAUGCGGCUCUUCACAGCCAGCUUUCUCCCUGCCGUGCCUCUGAGGCUGGGUGCAGAUGUUCAGGCAUCUAUACCUUCACGCUGAACUGUGUGACCCCAGAGCAGGCAGAUGUGUUGAAGGCUGUUUUAGGGAAAUGACAAGGUUUAAGCAAGGGCUAUAGCUAGGUACGGCAGGGCAUCUAGAGAGAAUGAUUUGCUGAGCCCAGAAGCACAGACACUACCUGGGGUGGGUUUUUCCCAGGACCAAUCCCAGGUAUCUGGCCUUGUGUCUGUGAGUGGGGAGUCAGGGGCCAGGAAGGGUGUGAGCUGCUGGCAAGAUGUGUUGUAAUGGGCAAGGAUUGGGCGGGCGCCCCUUCUUCAACACUGUGGCUUGAGGCUGCGGCCUCAGGCUAAGCCUGUCCAUCACCAAAGCACAAACUCUCCCAAUCCACAUGGGCCUGGAUGUGAGGAGAAUGGGAACGCAGGUGCCAGUGCCCGGAAGCUGUCAAUUCGCCAGGCUGUGUGGUGUGGGGGUGGAGGGCACGCAGCAUCUGUAGAGAAGGAUCUGGAGCCAGACAGAGCCUGCCCUGCCUUCUUGCUAUCUCCUGCUCUGGUCCAGGCAGUCCCGCUGAGGAGGAUGAACCGUGAGCAGUACUCACCCAUCUGCUUGUCCCCAAUAUUUCUCCUAGAGCUCACAGCUCCCAGGGUCACCUCCAGCCCCUUUUGCUACUCUGUGUAAGGGCUUGGGGUCUUAGAAGCUGCUGUUUAACCCAGACACACAUACUCUUCUUUUUCUUUUUGUCAUUGUGCAAUAAUCAGUGUCCCUAGCAGAGUUGGGGCCUGAGGGGAGGCAGAGGCCACCUGGUCCUGCAAGCCCCCAGCCCAGCUCUGCUGCUGUGACUCUAACUUCCGGUCACUGUACAGUUUCUACAGUGUGAAUGAACUUCCCUCUUAGUUGCUGAAGGCGCUGGUCCCUGCUGGCCCAGAUGGCCCGGGCAUAGAGAAAACAAGCCGUACCGCCAGCCAGCGUUGUUUUGAAUAAAACCCCAGAAACUUA